CAAACUCUGCAUCCCCAAAAUUCACUCACUCCUCCCCCCCAAACAUUUCUGCCAAUUUCCCAAUUUUCAAUUCCUUCAGCUUCUGAAGAUCAUCUUCUCUCUCUCUCUCUCUCUCUCUCUCUCUGCCAUUUGUUUGGAGGGAAAGGGCUGGUUUUUAUUGCCCCUGUUCCUCCCAUUCUUUCCUCUGUUUUACUCUGCAAUUCCUCUGUUUUUUCGUUCAACUAUGGAGACGGCGCAGCAAUAUCCGAUCCCGUUCUCGUAUCAUGACGCCAUCGACAUCCAGUCAUCACUCUCGCAGCUCAUACUAAACAGCGGUGCCAGCCCAUUAGAUUCGAUCUUCUCGUUCUGUGACCCGGCGCCCCAGAUCAUGGCAAGCCCGAGCCCGGAGUCCUUAGGCUCCUCUGUUUACCUUCGGCAGCGGGAAAUCCUUGACAAAUUCUCUGAGGAAACGCGAUUGAGAAACCCCAGAGAUGGGACGAAGAUCACUGCAGCGGCUGCUCAGAUUCACAGCGAUGACGGCGGCCGCGGCAGCAGCCUCAAGAAGAAGCUGUACAGGGGAGUGAGGCAAAGGCACUGGGGAAAAUGGGUGGCCGAGAUCAGGCUGCCCCAGAACAGGAUGAGGGUCUGGUUGGGUACCUACGACUCCGCCGAAGCAGCUGCCUAUGCCUACGACAGGGCGGCCUACAAGCUCCGAGGAGAGUACGCCCGCCUCAACUUCCCGAACCUCAAAGACCCGAGCAAGUUGGGCUUUGGGGAUUCCUCGAGGCUUAACUCCCUCAAGGCCGCAGUCGACGCGAAGAUCCAAGCCAUCUGUCAGAAGGUGAGGAGGGACAAGGCCAAGAAAGGCUCGAAGAAAAACGAAAAGAAGACUGACUCCCCUCCUUCGACUUCGAGCUCGCCCUCGUCUUGCCCAUUGCAGUCCGAGAGCAAUCAGGCGGUCUUAGAGGAGGACGAGAUGUGGAAGUGCGCUAGUUCCCUGCCUUCAGCAGCCUCAUCGGUGGAUUCCGCCAUCGGGUUCCCGGAGGAAUCGGAAUUCGAGGUCUAUUCCCUCUCCAAAAUGCCGUCCUUCGAUCCCGACCUGAUAUGGGAAAUUCUGGCUAAUUAAUUAGUUAGUAUGAAUUUGAUUAGGCAAGGAACCUCUCAGGAGUUUUGCUCAUUAUUAGUUUUCUUUUUCUGAGUGAACCACGGAAAUAAUCCAGUCGAGCCACAUCGACCCACUGAGGGGAAAAGCUCUCACAGCGUACAUUUUCUGCAUUCACAAGUACUCGAAAUCGAGACUUUAUUUAACUGGAACAAACGCUGAAUCGCUUGAACCAAUCGACUUUAGUUGCUAAUUAUUAGUUUAAAAUGUAAAUUUUAGCUCUUUUUUUUUUCCCCUAGUUUUUUUUGGGGUUAAAUUAGUUCUUCUUUUCUUCUUUAAUUGGAUAGGUAUCGGAGAGCUUUUCCAUGCAGUUUAUUGAUGAUGUCGGCGAAAAUUGCCAUUUUGGUCCUUUUCCUCAACUAAUAUUUGUUCUAUAAUUA